UUGUGUUAACCUUAGGUUAAGAAACUACUUAGUAAAGUAGUACUUCGUGAAUCUUGCUUUUAUAGAAAACUAACAGAUACUUCUAAAGAUGAAGAAAAUCCAGAAGAAAUGGAAAGUCCACCGGAAGAACUGUUUGGAAAUAGGCUGCUUCUACCAUCUCCUGCGAUAAAACAAGAAUCCAAAACAUCCGAAGAAAAUGUCGGUCUCAUUGUCUAUAAUGGAGCCAUGGUGGAUGUGGGGAGUCUCUUGCACAAGUUAGAGAAGAGUGAAAAAGCACGAGCUGAAAUGGAACAGAAACUUCAGUCACUGGAAGAAAAAACAGAUGAAGAUGAAAAGACUAUAUUGAGUUUGGAGAAUUUAAACAAAAGCCUCUCUGCAGAAAUUAAAGAGGUUAAAAAAGAGCUCAGCCAGUUGCAAGACAAUCUGAAGCUCUCAGAAGAUACAAAUCUACAAUUUGAAGGGCAGCUGACUAAGACCAUCAAAGGUUUGGCAACCGUUAUGGAUGAAAUACACAUGGUUCUUAAGAAGGAUAGUGUGAAGAAUGAAGGUAAAGAUCAAACAUCCAAAGAAAAUGGAGCAAAUGUAUGACAAACAUACUGCUUGCUGGAGAAAAAAAAAGAAUGUUACAUAAUGUAAUAUAAAUCAUGAAACUGGAGUGUAUGAAAGUGAUGCAUGUUUAAUUUAGUAGUAUAAAUACCUUAGUCCAAGCAAGGUUGUAUAAAGUUUUAUAAAUGUGUGAGCCUGCUUCAAAAGAUUGCUUGUAAUUCACAGCCCUCGAUUUGUUAGACACUCCUUGAGUGGAAAUAAUUUUGCAUUGCAAAAUGUUUUAGGGUAAACUUGGUUAUAGUUUGAAUGCUAAUAAAAGUUCAUCAACUUCAUGGAAAAUAGCAAGUAUUUAAUUAUCAAAAGUUUCCUUUUAAGAUUUAGUGCAAACAUUUUUCAUUAUUUAUAGAGAUGCCAUUCUUCGGUUUUAUUUCAGAUUAUUUAGGGUUUUUUUUAAAUAAAAAAAUCGGGUAUAUAAAUCAUAGCAUGCUGCUUAAUUUUGCCAGUAAAGAUUUUUAAAUACACUCUUGAAUUUUCGUCACAGUUUUUCCCUUUGAAUUGUGAGUUUUCUUGGAAGUUCUUAUUACUGUUUUGAUACACAGUAAUUGAGGAAAAGAAUAAGGAAAUUAUAGAACAUUGAUAAAUUGGGAUUUAUAUGAAAACAUAUUUGUUUUAUUAUACAUAUUUUGUAAUCCUUGAAAUGUUCUAUCCCUACAUUAAUAUAUUAGCAACUUUUAAAAUUUUUAUGAGAAUGUACAAUUGACUAAGACACCCCAGGCCAGUAGAUGUCAGUAUAAUGCUUUAUUUGGAAAAAUUGCUACUAGUUUUAUAUUGGCUUUCAUUAAAUUGGCUAUUUACCUUC